AUGGCUAUAAAUAAUAUAAUUAAUAGUUUAAUAGUAUUUAUACUUGUCACAUUAAUAUUAAAUGUUGAUAAUGUAUUGGGUGCAAAGAGGUAUUGGGCUAAUUACCCAGGUGCAGGUGGAGGUUUAUGGACUUGUGGUAGAUUGCCAGACCAAUUACCAACGUUUGCCGAUGCCAAUAAACCAGGUGUUUAUCUGUUUUUCCAAGAUGUACCUGUAAGCGUUUUAAAUCCAGGUGGUGUCACUCCUGUUCCAUUCCCACUGUCGUAUGUUGGACAUAGUGCUAGUAGUGUCUAUUCAGAGAUCUACGAUCGUUGGUUCUUGGAUGACUUUUGUACAGAUUCUACCAAACCAGGAAAGCUCAGCUCGUGUGGCUGGUGUUACUACAUACCCCCAACGGCUACCAAUGGUAAUCCUAAUCCAGACAUGAUCCUCCUCAAAUAUCUCUUCCUCUCUACAUUUUGUGCCACUGCUCAGCCACUUUACGAUGGUGGAAUACAAGGUGAAGCUACAUGUAUUCUCAUGCCCGGACCUACUGGACAACAAAUCCCCGUCAACCUAUUGCUCUAUCCAUUCAUCACCAAUAUGAAUCUAGAAGGUCCUGUCUCUUUUGCUUUCUUGACUGGUUUAACUGCUGCCGGUCCUCCAGCUGCUGCUGGUGUGCUCAAUGCUGCUUCUGCAUCUCCUGUACCAUCUGAGUUGUUUUAUACAAAGUUUAUCUAUUUCUGUGUUUGUUGUAUAAACUAUAUUAUAUAUUACUUUCAUUUAAAUAGUAACUACAACAAACAAAGAAGAAGAACAAGCAAAGAGAAAAUGAUAAAAUCAAAGGCAUCAUAUGAAGUAUUCCAUUACACUGUUCAAAAGGACAACUUGGAUAAAGGUCUCAAAGAUAUUGCUCGUCAUUUUGUAUCUGAAUAUCAUGAUUCAACUGAUGAUCAAUUAACUAUUACAAGAUUAAAUGGUGGUAUUACUAAUAUAUUAUACUUGGUAGAAGAUAAAUCAAUUGAACCAAAAGCAAAAGAUUUACCAGUUGUAAUUAGAUUGUAUGGAUACAAGUCUGAAGAUAUUAUCGAUAGAAAGAAUGAAUUGGUCGUACAGACUGAAGCCGAUUUCAAUGGUUUGGGAGCCAAGUUUUAUGGUUUGUUUGAUAAUGGAUGUAUCUAUGGUUUCAUUCCAGGUCGUCCACUCGAACACCCAGACCUAUCAGAGGAAAAGAACCAAGUGUUGAUUGCAAGCGAGAUUGCUGAAUGGCAUCAAGCUGAAAUGCCAACUCGUAAACAACCAUCGGUAUGGAACACCAUUAAAAAAUGGGCUGCUCUAGCACCACAAACCUACCCAGACGAGAAGCGUCAAGCAAUGUAUGCAUCGUUGCGUGUCGAUGAGAUGAAGGAAGAGUAUAAGCGUCUCGAACAACAACUUGCCACCCUUCAAUCACCAAUAGUCUUUUGUCACAAUGAUUUGCUCUCACGAAACAUCAUUGUCAACAAGGAGGGUGACCGCUCACCAUUUAUCGACUUUGAAUAUGCCAACUACAACUUUAGAGGUUUCGAGCUUGGCAACCACUUUAACGAGUAUGCUGGCUUUGAACCAGACUACAAGCUCUACCCUACACGCGACCAACAACUCGUCUUUAUCACUCAAUACCUUCGUGUCAUCUCGGCCGGCAGCAUAUCCAACUUCCAGUCGGGUGGCGGCGUCGAACCUACCCAAGACCAAAUCGAGCGUCUCUACAUUGAAGCCAACCAAUAUUCACUUGCCAGUAACAUCUUUUGGGGUUUCUGGUCGAUCGUUCAAUCAAUGAACUCGGAAAUCGAUUUUGAUUAUUUGGAAUAUGGAAAGGCUCGUUUUGAUAGAUAUUGGACUACUAAAGAACAAUUCUUAUCUUUAUCAAAAUAG